AAUACUUUAGGUACUAUAGUAGGCUAAAUAAAAGUCAGGCAUGUUCCCUCGAUAUGACUGUAGUUUAUUUUCCAAUCGGGACAAAACAAAAAAAAGUACAAUAUUAAAGAAAUCUAAAAAAUAAGCAAAUAUUAGAGGCAUGCAAGUUUUUUUAAGGUUUACUUGUGACCUUGCAGGAUAAUAAUGGCCAAUGUGGACAUGGUAAUGGGGCAGAGGGUGGACAUGGUGGUGGUGGGGAGGAGGGGGGACAUGGUGGUGGUGGGGAGGAGGGUGGACAUGGGGCAAAUGGUGGACAUGGUGGCGGUGGGGAGUAGGGUGGACAAGGCAUGCGAAGUUGAUGAUGAAAAAUGCAUGGAGAGCUGUAGUUCAAACCAUAGGUUUUCGUCUAGCCAUCACACUUUUGUGUCUUUCGUAAGGAUUAUGUACCUUUCCUUUCCAAUUGUAAACAAUUCAAUGCCCCGAAGCGCGCUGCAUCAAAAAAUAGCAAGAGAUUGGAUGACUAUAAAUGUUGUUGAUGAUGAUGUGUGGAUGGAUGCUUUUCUUGACCUUUUCUUUGUAUUGUCUCCUGCUUCGGUACAUUUUGACGAAGAUCACUUGUGAUUAGACAUUGAGACCCUUGGUGAGGUAACCCUAGCACGUCUACAAACAUUUAUGGAAGCAAGGGCGCAUUUUUAUGACAUUCGCCAAGGAUGAAGACUACUCCGGCCACUUUCUCUGGGUUCUGGUUUAAUGCCAACCAACAUCACAAGGAGUCUUUGUUCACUUGUUCGGUGGUGUCUUUGUGGAGGGAUGCAUUUAUUGUAUUGACAAUUUUGUGGUGAAUGACAAGAGAAGAUAAUAUGUUGUGGGAGACUGAAGUUACUUAGCAUCUUUUUACCACUACUAUUGUGAAAUU